CUCGGCACUGCAGAGGAGGAGGUUGCAGGUGGCCAUGGGCAGGAUGUGGGCCUCCGAGGUGCUGCUGCUGCUGCUUCUGGGGUCAUCCAGAGCUGUCACACCGGGGCUGGAUGUGUCCACUGCGCCAGGGUUGGAUGGAUCGAUCCCACCAGGGUUGGAUGGAUCAAUCCCACCAGGGUUGGACGGAUCCGUCUCACCAGGGUUGGAUGGAUCUGUCUCACCAGGGUUGGACGGAUCCGUCUCACCAGGGUUGGAUGGAUCCGCCUCACCAGGGUUGGAUGGAUCCACACCAGCUGGGAGGGAUGGUACCAUCACACCCAAGCUGGAAGGAACCAUCACCCCAAAGCAGGAUGGAUCCAUCUCACCAUCCUGGCCCUGGCGCUGGCCGAUCACCUACCUGGAUGCCAUCCUGGCAGCUGUGCGGUUGCUCAACCAGAGGAUCUCAGGUCCAUGCAUCCUACGGCUGCGGGAAGCACAACCCCGACCCGGCUGGGUUGGGACCCUGCAGCGUCGGCGGGAGGUGAGCUUCCUUGUGGAGGAUGGCCCGUGCCCACCUGGGGUCGACUGUAGGAGCUGCGAGCCGGGGGCCCUGCAGCACUGCGUGGGCACCGUGUCCAUAGAGCAGCAGCCGACUGCUGAGCUGCGCUGCAGACCGCUGCGGCCGCAGCCCAUCCGCAACUGGUGGAUCCGCAUCUGGGAGUGGUUGAAUGGCAUCAGGAAGCGCCUGCGGCAGCGCAGCCCCUUCUACGUCCGCGGACAUCUGAACGUCACCAGCACUCCUCAGCCAUGAGCAGCCCCAGCAUGGCUGUCACUGAGUGUCCCCAAUAAACGUCCCUUCUGCCUGCUGUG